AUGCUCAUCGGCAUCAGCCACUUCUUUGGGCUCCUGAAAUCUGGUAAGAUCAAGCUAGCAGAACAUCUUCCUUAUCUACAGCAAACAGUAUUCGGCUGGGUGGUUGGUGGUCUAGUCAACACCGCCACUUGGAACUACAAACUGGUCCAUUGCAACGCAGCGGUUCAAGAAGCAGAACUAGACGGCUUAGUCCAACGGUUCUGGGAACAAGAUGAGAUCCUACCAGCGCGCCUAGUGUCGUCCGAGGAGACGGCGUGCGAGGCCAUCUACAAUCAAACACACACCAGAGAUUCCAGCGGGAGGUACACGGUCAAACUUCCCUUUCGUGACAAUGUGAGUCAACUUGGUGACUCCAAACAUCAUGCUCUACAACGGUUUGACUAUCUCGAAAAGAAACUUCAGCGGAAUCCAGAACUCAAGAAGGCUUACUGUGCGUUCAUAGCGGAGUACAUCGAGCUAGGUCACUGCAAAAUAGUUUAUCCGUCAGACGAUGGGUUUUAUUUGCCUCACCACGCCAUACUCAAACCCUCUUCCUCUACUACCAAACUACGAACGGUGUUCGACGCAUCGGCCAAAUCUACUUCUGGUCUAUCAUUGAACGACACUCUUAUGAUAGGGCCAACGAUCCAGGAUCCAUUGCUCUUCAUCAUACUUCGUUUCCGAACACAUCGUUAUGUGUUUACUGGCGACAUUUCUAAAAUGUAUAGAAUGAUUAAUAUUCAUCCGGAGCAUACAAAAUAUCAACGUGUGCUUUGGCGGAAUCAUCCUACUGAAGCUCUACAGACUAUGGAACUGACAACGGUCACAUACGGGACAGCAUCCGCUCCGUAUUUGGCCACACGAACGCUGAAGCAACUGGUACAAGACGAGGGUCGAGAAUUUCCAGUCGGUGGUCCCAUUUUGGAUCAGGACUUCUACGUCGACGAUGUGCUUUCCGGUGGCGACUCGGUGGAGCACAUAAUACAAGCACGCACAGAAUUGGUCCAGCUCUUGCGACGAGGCGGUUUCAAUCUACACAAAUGGUGCUCAAACAGUUCCGAAUUUUUGAGUACUAUUCCCGAAGAUCAAAGAGAGAAACAAAUUUCGUUUGACAAGAGUGACGUGAACGAUCUCAUCAAAACGCUUGGCCUACUGUGGAAUCCUCUACUCGACCAUUUUACAUUCCACAUUUCGGCUGCUGAUUGUCAACGAGCUGUUACAAAGCGCUACAUCCUAUCGGAAAUCGCUAAGAUUUUCGACCCCCUCGGUCUGUUGGCGCCUGUUGUUAUUCUGGCCAAGCUUUUACUACGAGAGGUUUGGAGACGAAAGCUGAAUUGGGACGACGAAUUACCAGCUGAUCUAAUCCAAAGCUGGAACAAAUUCCGAUCCGGUUUACGAAAUCUCGCCGAUGUUAAAAUCAACCGACUUGUUCUCUCCCCCCAACGUGUUGCGGUUGAGUUACACGCUUUCUCUGAUGCAUCACAGAAUGCGUUUGGGACCUGCAUUUACUUGAGAAGCAUCAUGGCUGACAACACUGUCGAGGUUCAUCUACUUGUCAGCAAAUCCAGAGUGGCACCAAAGGCGACGAUCCCCCGGCUCGAGUUGUGUGGUUUCUUACUCAGUGCCAGACUGGUUGACCAAAUUGCAUCGGCAUUCAAGGUGAACAUCGAACAGAAGGUAUUGUGGAGCGAUUCCCAAAUUGUGUUGUGGUGGUUGAGAAAGCCGCUGCACUUACUGAAACCCUACGUGGCCAAUCGGGUAGCAGAAAUAUCGAAGCUCGUCUCUGACUGUGAGUAUAAAUACAUCCGUACACACUUGAAUCCAGCUGACCUUGUCUCACGAGGCUUGCAACCUGAAGCCCUUAAAGAAAAUCGACUUUGGUGGUACGGCCCCGACUUUCUGAAGAACAAUCCCUACGAAGAAGAAAAGUUAUUAGAAAUUGAAUCCCUACCCGAUUUGAAAUUGACAGUCAACCUGGCGACUGUCCCCCAAGUGAAUUCAGUGCUUACUAAGUUUAGUUCCUUGAGAAAGUUGCAACGUGUUGGAGCUUACAUUGUUCGUUUUGUCAACAAAACAAGAAAGCGUCGAAGUCCUGGUGACGAUUCGAGAUUCCCUACAAUUUUCGAGAUUCGACAAUCUACAAUGGCAAUUAUUCGAGUGCUACAACAAGAAUGCCUGUCUUCUGAAAGAACCCAAAUACUGAAGUGCCAAAGUUCAACACCUACCAAACGCUACUUGGGAAAACUCCGAAAUCUCAAUCCGUGGAUAGAUGGUGACGGCAUACUACGAGUGAAUGGUCGAAUAAAAUAUGCCAACGUGUCCUACGAACGACGGUGCCCGGCUAUACUUCCUGAUAAGCAUCAUGUUACGCAAUUAAUCAUCGAUGCUACUCACGCUGAAAAUCUACACGUCGGUCCGAAUGCUACUCUCUCGUUGCUGAGGCAAAAAUUUUGGCUGCUGAAUGGUCGCAACAGUGUACGCUUCCGUCUUCGAAAAUGCAUCAGAUGCUUUAGAGUGAAUCCAACCGAAUCCAAACUGUACAUGGGUGAUUUGCCGCCACACAGAAUCACUCCUACUUAUGCUUUCGAAAGAACAGGAAUCGAUUUCGCUGGUCCCAUUUACGUGCGCAAGGGCCACCCACGCAAGCCAGUUUACACGAAAGGUUACAUCUCACUAUUUGUUUGUAUGGUGACAAAGGGAAUCCAUCUGGAGUUUGUGUCCAACUUAAGCACUGAAGCAUUCAUAGCCGCACUACAUCGAUUCACCAGCCGACGUGGGGUCCCAACUGACAUCUUUACAGACAACGCCACCAACUUUGUGGGUGCCAAUUCGGGGCUUCACGAGCUGUACGUACUGUUCAAGCAGCAGCAAAUGGAAAAGGCGAUCCACGAUUUUACCAUCCCUCAAGAAAUUCGUUGGCACUUUAUUCCACCACGAUCACCACACGUGGGUGGUCUAUGGGAGGCUGGAAUUAAAUCUGCGAAAAAACUCAUCCAACGCACCGCGGGAGACACCAAGCUCACCGAAGAGGAAUGGUCAACUCUACUUGCCAAAAUCGAGGGCGUACUCAACUCACGUCCACUCGUUCCACAGUCGUCGGAUCCAAGUGACACUCAAGCUUUGACUCCUGGUCACUUUUUGAUUGAUCGUCCGAUAAGAGCAAUUCUCGAGCCAUGUUAUGAUCACAUCAAACCAGGUCUGUUAUCGAGGUGGCAACAUAUCCAGAAGAUGCGUGCAGAUUUUUGGAAACGUUGGUCUGCGGACUAUCUUUCCGAACUACAGCAGCGGCAGAAGUGGAACACUGGUCACACCGAAAUACGGGUCGGUGAUCUGGUGUUGAUGAAGGAGGAGAAUUUGCCGCCCCUACAAUGGAAGCUAGCUCGAGUGACCGACAUACAUCCCGGCAAGGACAACAUCACCAGGGUAGUCACGGUGAAAACAUCAACCAACACCUACAAGCGAUCGACGGCGAAGCUGGCUCUACUUCCUUUGGACGAAGACGUUCCCGGUUCCUCGAAGGAUUGA